GCUCUGAACUCCUAACGUCACUUUAGCAUUCUGUCAUGGUGCUCCAGAAAGGCUCCGCGGACGGUGCUGUCCGCCCAGCGGGCCCCGCUGCUGCCCCCGUCCACGUUAUCACACUCACCCUCCGGGUCUUCCUCGUGUCAGCUCUCCGUCUCCGAAGAACACUCAAGUCCCGCGUCCUGUUGUCCAUGCUGCCCCACUAUCCGCUUAGACCAUGGCGACUCUUCGGGUUUUUCUCCGCCGAGUUUCAUGGUGUCACUGCUUCAAAUCAACAACUUGCUGUGAACCUGUGUCAUCAGAAGAGCCUUAUCUUUCACUCCUGGUUUAAGUUCCUACUCCUGCUUUGUGUGGUGCUCAUCAGCUGCUUUUACAUUCAGUCAAGCAGCUUUCUGCCAUGGUUGGAUGGGUUUUUCAAUCAGACCAAUCAGGUUUAUCUACCUCCUCCUUACCGUGUCCAUCCAAAACACAGUCCUAAACCAAACGAGAGCUAUGAAACCACAGAAUCCCCUACUGUGCCUCCUACAGGUACUCUGUUCCAUCAAGCCCACCCCUACAACUACCACUUCAUCAUGGAUAACAAAGAGGUGUGCAAGACCAAGACUCCUUUCUUAGUCCUGAUGGUUCCAGUGGCACCAACAAACGUGGCAGCUCGGAACGCCAUCCGGCAGACAUGGGGCAAUAAAAGCCUGGUUCAGGGCGAGGUGGUGCUUACUCUGUUCAUGCUGGGCCUCUCUGGAGGAGUUGCUGUCGAGCAGUUGAAGGAGGAGCUAAAACAUGAGAAUCUACAGCACCAUGACUUGAUCCAGAGCGACUUUAUGGACACUUACCUCAAUCUGACAAUCAAAACCAUGGUGAUCAUGCACUGGCUGGCCACACGCUGCCAGACAGCACCAUACGCCAUGAAGAUUGAUUCGGACAUGUUUCUGAACAUUGACAAUCUAGUGAUGAUGCUACAGAAGCCAGGCAUCCCCAAGCUGAACUAUCUGACAGGGAUGCUCAUGUGGAACAGGCCGGUUGUCCGUUCAAAGAACUCUAAGUGGUAUGUCUCUGAGGAGAUGUACCCAGAUCCCCAAUACCCAACCUACACGCUGGGCAUGGGAUAUGUCUUCUCCAAUGAUCUUCCAGAGAAAUUUGUAGAGGUCUCAAAAUCAAUCAAACCCUUCAACAUAGAGGACGCUUAUAUUGGACUGUGCAUGAAGAAGCUAGGACUUGCGCCGAUAUCGCCACCAGAUUCCUCCCAGUUCAAAGCUUACAACACAAGAUAUGAUCGGUGUGAAUACUCCAAGAUCAUCACCUAUAUUCUUGGCUCUUCACAAGAGUUGGUGAAAUACUGGACGGACUUGAAGAAGCCUGAACCACCUUGCAAUAAGACGUCCCUUGGGUGAAAGGGAUUUGGUGGAGGGAAAUGGAUGUUUAUGGAUUUCUGUACUCGUAUAGGAUUUUCAUGCCAUCUCAUUUUGACAAAGAAGCAUUGGGAUCACCCAUGUGGAAAAGUGACAGGGGUUUCCUGAAAAAUGGCAUAACAGUAAUAAAGAGAAGUCCUUUUUUUAUUGUUUUUUGUGUAGCCUACCUGUGUGUACACAGAUGGAUUAAUCAGGGGAUUUUUCUGUCAUCCUGACAGUGGAAAUGUGAAUGAGUUAAAUUUAAAACUGAGCUGCGGAGCUUUUGACCACUAAUGGUGUUGUCGAGGGAUGUGUCCUUUUAUCGGAUGUACCUGGCGGUCGACAAAGCCAAACUAGUGAACACACUAAUUUAUACAUGUCAUAAAAACUUUAAGAAUUAUUGCACUUUUGAGCAGUCUGUCUGAAUGUAAAUUAAAUGUAAUUGUAAUGUAUUUGCUACAAGGGGU